AUGGCUGCAACGCUUCCAACCCCUCCACCUGAGCUCCCCAAUCCACCCUCCGCUCCCUCCCGCGAAGCCCUCCUCGACAACCUCGACACCCUCCUCGAACGCUACCUCCAUCUCCUCGACGAAUACCAAGCCGCGCGCCAGCAGCUCCAGAAACAGCUGUCUGCGGGGUACAUAUCUCUCGCGCAAGCAAACUUCAGUGCGCCGAGGGGUGUGAGAUAUGGACGGGACUGCUACGACGAGCGGAUGGGGGGGGCUACGCGACGCGUAGCCGUCUCUACAUCCGACAACCGGCAGACAAUCAAGAUCGAGGUGCCAGAGAGCACGAUGGGCGCUGCAGAUAUCUCACCUGCCGCCGCCAUCACCUCCAAAGACGACGCCGAAGAGCCCAGGCAGCCGGAAGUGCACCCCGCCGACCCCACACAGCCUAUACAGCAGGAACACCCAAAACCAAAGAACCCAAUAACAAUGUUCGGCAUCCUCACCCCACCAGCCCUCCGCGCCGCGCAGUCGUCCUUCGUCAAAGCAGUCGAGGGACCGGUACCGCGGCUCGUGGAGCUGGGGGCGCGGCUUAGGGCACUGGAGGUUGAGGUUGGAAGAGCGAGGAAGGCUUUACGGAAGGCUGAGGGGUGA